UGAAAAAUCUGAUUUUACUUUAGAUAAUAUGAAUCGCUGUGGUAUUAAUAGUUCUUAUAAUUGGAGACCUAUAAGAACGACAUCAGAAUGCUUUUCUAUCGUUAAUUAUGAAGUCAAAACCAAUACGCCUAUUCCUGUUGGAAGCCCAAUCAGUAACAGGUUUCGAGAAGGAGGGGGGGAUGAAGUGAUGGGUGGAGUGGGGGAUGAAGUGAUAGGUGGAGUGGAUGAAGUGAUAGGUGUAGUUGGGGAAG